AUGGCGACAAUGAUUAUGCAGCCCCAGCCCGCGACGCUCUUCGCCAAGGUGCGACCGUUCGAGGACUCGACACAGCGCAAGCAACUCUGCGCCAAACGGCCGAUACGACCAAGCCAGGCCUUCGCCGUCAAGACGCCCUCGGUCAGAGCUUCUGGUAUACCCGCAACCCCUGCCGUAGCCGCCGCCGAGCACCGUCCGAAGCUGCACCUGGGCAUGUUUGAGAUUGGCAAGCCGCUCGGCAAGGGCAAGUUUGGGCGGGUGUACCUCGCGCGGCACCGCACAUCUGGCUACGUCUGCGCGCUCAAGGUGCUGCACAAGCAUGAGGUGGCCGCCGAGGGCGCCGAGGCGCACGUCCGCCGCGAGAUCGAGGUCCACAGCCAGCUGCGGCACCCGGCCGUCAUUGGCUUCUUUGGCUGGUUCCACGACUCGCGCCGCAUCUUCAUCAUCCAAGAAUUUGCCGCCGGCGGCGAGCUCUACAAGUCGCUGCGCAAGGCCGGGCGCUUCUCCCAGCGGCGCGCGGCCAGCUACGCCGCACAGGUCGGCCAGUCGCUGGCGUACCUCCACAGCAAGAACGUGAUGCAUCGCGACCUGAAGCCCGAAAACAUCCUCGUCGGCCUCCACGGCGAGCUGAAGCUGGCGGAUUUUGGAUACAGCGUGCACUCGCCGAGCGACCGACGACAAACGAUAUGCGGCACGCUCGACUACCUGCCCCCGGAGAUGCUCAACCAGCGCAAAGUCACGUACUCGAGGGCCGUCGAUCAGUGGACGCUGGGCGUCUUGACGUAUGAGUUCUUGACGGGCGAGGCGCCGUUUGAGGACCAGCCACAUAUAACAAAAAAGAGGAUCGUUGCGGGAGAUAUGAAGCCUCUACCGUCUACAGUUUGUCCCGAGGCGCGGGAUUUUGUCUAUUCGCUACUAGAACAAGAUCCGACGAAGCGAUUGCCGUUGACACAGGUGAUGAGCCAUCCGUGGAUAAAAAUGUAUUGCGCAAAGCAAUAG